AUGGCGACGAUGGGUUUCAUGCCGGAGCCUCGAGAGAACUCCGGCAAAGGCGGGAAGUGGCGAGGGUACUGCUGGGCUGUGGCGGUUUGGAAUGGGAAUAGAAAGACGGACGGUACCUCUCCUGGGCUUGUCUCUGAACUCCUUGGAAGUUGGAACAAGUACAUCCAUCUUCCAGUUUGCCUGUCAUCUGAAAGUACAGACUAG